AUGGACGCCACCAUUAGGAGGAGCCCCAUACUAUCAGCCGUGGUCAACCCCACCGUGUCCUUCGACAUCGCUGUCAAUGGCGAGCCCUUGGGCUGUGUCUCCUUCAAGCUGUUUGCAGACAAGUUUCCAAAGACAGCAGAAAACUUUCGUGCUCUGAGCACUGGAGAGAAAGGAUUUGGUUAUAAAGGUUCCUCCUUUCACAGAAUUAUUCCGGGGUUUAUGUGUCAGGGUGGUGACUUCACACGCCAUAAUGGCACUGGUGGCAAGUCCAUCUAUGGGGAGAAAUUUGAUGACGAGAACUUCAUCCUAAAGCAUACAGGUCCUGGCAUCUUGUCCAUGGCAAAUGCUGGACCCAACACAAACGAUUCCCAGUUUUUCAUCUGCACUGCCAAGACCGAGUGGUUGGAUGGCAAGCACAUGGUCUUUGGCAAGGUGAAAGAUGGCAUGGAUAUUGUGGAGGCCAUGGAGCACUUUGGGUCCGGGAAUGGCAAGACCAUCAAGAUCACCAUCGCUGACUGUACACAACUCGACUAA